AUGGCUAAUGAUAUCAGUAUCACCCACCCCAAGGUGAUCCUUCUCUCCUCCGGAAUAUGUGCUACUGGCUUUCUUGCCUUCACAUUGUCUCGACGGUUUGCUCGCGUCAAAUCGCCGCUUGACAUGACACCAUCGAUGUUUGGUCGACGGAUACUGGGGAAGGUGACACGGGUGGGUGACGGUGAUAACUUCAGAUUCUAUCACACCCCUGGUGGCGUAUUACUUGGAUGGGGCUGGCUCCGCCAUGUGCCUACCGUCCCCAAAGAACUCAAAAAUCAAACCCUUUCCAUAAGAAUCGCUGGCGUUGAUGCGCCCGAGCGACUGCAUUUUGGUCACCCAGCUCAACCGUAUAGUGAAGAGGCAUUAAUAUGGCUCAAAGACUAUCUCACUGGACGCAGAGUGACGAUCAUUCCUUAUUCAAUAGAUCAAUACCAUCGAGUAGUGGCCCGAGCGUUGGUGUGGACAUGGCUUGGACGCAAAGAUGUUGGCGAAGAAAUGUUACGCAAUGGCACUGCUGUUGUGUAUGAGGCGAAGACGGGGGCAGAGUUUGGUGGCAUGGAGUCGGUAUAUCGACGAGUCGAGGCUCGAGCGAAGCGUCAACACCGUGGACUUUGGGGGCUCGGUGUAAACAUCAGUCCGGGGGAGUACAAACGAGUGAAUUACCAUGGCGAGAGUCCUAAAUAG